CGGGAUUGGGAGGAGCCUGUGCGUACUCUUAUUCCGCCAGAAGUGGUUGGUGCGACUCAUGUCCGGGAUUCGGAUCGCCCAAGGCAGGAUGUACGAAAGAGACGCAGCACAGCCAGGCCACAACCCACACUGCCAAGAGAUGCAGAUGCUGGCGAUGCAGGUCCUUCUUCAUCAAACACCCCUCCACUAAGACGACCAUCACAGGGCUCGGAUAGUCUCCAUAAGAUGGGUACCAAGAGACGCCGUGUUGAGGCGGAAUAUCCACCCGCAUCCUCACCACCACAACGGCGCAUCUCUACAGUGUCGUCCCAGCCACCACAAGCCAUUUUGGCCAGUCCACAAAGCGAGGAACCACAAUCCCCUCAGCUGUCUGAACCACCCAUCAUGCCCGAGGAUACCCAGCAGGAAACUGACUUGCAGGAAUCGUACACACUACACCUGCAAGCGAUUGAUCCAAACCAGCCAACCACGCCGCAGGACAUAACCCAACCACCCCAAACAUCCCACAGCCCCCAAUUGAGCCCAACACCACCCCAGCCACAAAUGGGCCCAGAGUUUUGGUCCAGUUGGGCCACACAACAGGCGCAACACUAUGCCUGUCUGAACACCCACAGCUUGCCAGUCUGCCCCUUCAUCUGCCUAGACUCAGUCGGAACUCAGGCAGACUGAUUGUUCAAGUUGGCAG